AUGUCUUCGCUUUCGGCUCAAGUUCUAGUAGAAACCCCCAGAAAGGCUCGGAGGAGAACGACCAACCUGGCACUGGCUGAAUAUGACAAGGCUGGGAACCUGAGAGCCAAGUUUAUUGAGUCGGCUCCGGCUCCCGGAUCUACACGAGUUGACAUCCUGCUUCCCACGACAAGAAAGAAGCCCUGGAGGAGGAUACUGGACAUCUUCUUGCCCGAUGGCUAUCCUCACAGCGUUACGGAUGACUAUGCUGCAUACCAGAUCUAUGAUUCUUUCCAGGCCUUCGCCGGCACAAUUGCCGGAAUGAUUUCUUCACGUGCGGUGUGGGAAGGUAUGGGUGUGGGUGACUCUAUGGCAUCGCCUACAGGCGCGAUGAUGAUCCAGGUGAUUCGAGAAUCAAUGGGAAGAUUCGGGACCAUCGCCUUUGCUCACUUGAUGGGAACCUCGAUAGAGGCUGAGUGCAAGGCUUACCGCAUGGCAUCUGAUGUGCUGUGUAGUAUCGCCUUCGUCCUCGACUGUCUUUCGCCACUUUUUCCAACAAACGUGAGAUUCUUGGUCCUAUGCUUUUCCAGCAUCCUAUUCUCGGCAAGCGGUGUAGCGGGAAAUGCAUCUAAGAGUAGUCUGAGCGGUCAUUUUGCCAAGUGGAACAAUUUGGGCGAGCUGAAUGCUAAAGACGCUAGCCAAGAGACCGCGAUAUCCCUGAUGGGGAUGCUUACUGGCACUAUCGUAGUGUCGUUGUUAACGACUCCCACGGCUACAUGGACAACGCUUUUCGUCCUGAUUGCCAUCUACCUCUUCCUUAACUGGAAGGGCGUCAGGGCAGUCAAGUCCCGCUCACUGAACCGACAACGAGCAAACAUUGCUUUUUCUGCGCUGCUCUCUAGAGAUGAGGUUCUCACUCCUGGUGACAUCGCCGAAAGGGAGUUCAUCUUUGAGAGACGCGGUGGCGAAGUCUUUAGAUGGGACACUGAGGCUAUAUUGGGACAUUGCAAGUUUGGCGUUCCACUCGAGACUAUGCUACACAGUCUGGCGAACGGCCACCAGACCAUGAGGUCCUUUCAGCUACCAACAGUUGAUAUGUCUACACUCAUGGAGCUUUUUGAAGACCAGCAGUACCUUCUGUGGUGUCAAGUCUCCGACACGCCAUCUUUCGAUGCAGCGUCCAAGAUAAAGGUGUUGGUGGUGCUGAAGACUGGUGUUUCCGCCAAGUCCCAACUGAAAGCCUGGUUCCACGGUCUUUUACUAGUUCAAAGAUUGAGCUGCUUGGAAACAUCUAGGUUGGAAAAAGCCCGUCUCGGCCAGCAUAUUAUGCUAGAACACAUCGAGGCCUCCUUGAGAAUUGCCAACGAGAGGUACGAGGGAUAUGUGAAAAGGCUUUCGACGGCGGGCUGGAACAUGGAGGUUGCCGUGCUUGAGACCCGUUCCGGCUGCCGCAUAAUGCUAGAAACGGACGAUAAUAUGCUCCAUUGA